AUGGGAAUGUAUUUGAGUUAUAAUAUAUGGCAAUAUUUUAUUAUCUCCUUAUUAGAAGAUGAAGUUUUAGAAUACUCAAUAUUUAUAAAGAUGAAAGAUACAUUGCUGAGAGAUGAAACUAAAACAAGAGAAGCU